AUGGGUCGUAAGCGACACCGUCUGAGUGGCGAGGUGCUAAAAUACUAUCGAUUUCGACAUGACAUCUUCUCUUUAUUUGAUCAAGGUAUCAAAUUGACAGAAGAGCAGUGGUAUAGUGUAACACCAGAAUCAGUGGCAGUGACCACUGCAAUUCAGAUCUCAGAAAGAUAUCCCUUAGGAACCAUAGUUAUAGAUGGAUUCGGUGGGGCGGGUGGAAAUACUAUACAAUUCGCAUUAAGUGAGUACUUUGAGCAAGUAUAUUAUAAUGACCUCAAUCAUAUAAAUACUGAGUUGGCAAUUCACAAUUCCAAAAUAUAUGAUACUUUCGAAUGGAUUCAAUUCAUGACCAAGGACUUUUUUAGUUUAAAAAAGGAUGAUUUUCAAAAUCCUGACUCUGGAUGUGAGACGAGCGACAAUAUUGUCAUAUUUGCUAGUCCUCCGUGGGGUGGUCCAUCAUACACAUCAAGUGAUGUUUGGGAUCUGUCCACGUCUGAGCCAUCGGUGUUUGACAUUGUGAAACAUUGUAGAACCAUCACGAAUCAAAUCUGUCUGUUUCUUCCUCGCACUUCCAAUCUCGACCAGAUUUCAACUUUAGUAUUAGAAGGAGAAGAAGUACUAGUUGAUUAUGUAUUUAUAAGAGGACAUUGCAAAGGGAUGCUAGUUUUCCUUGGUACUAUGGUCUCAUAG